CUCUCGGUACCGCUGAGCUGGCUGUCUGCCAGGGGUUCGAUACCAUAGAAUACUAGCAGUGUUCCCGUUUUGGCGGGAUUUCCCCCAUUCUGUGUACACACACACUCCAUGCCGCGCAGUGCCCGCCCCGGCAGUGACUCAGUGAGGGCGUGCUCAGUGUGCUCCUCCUCGGUGUGAGUGUCAGUGUGUGCUCGGUGAGUGUGUGCAGCGGCCAGCCAUGUCGGUGUGCUCGGAAGCCGGUUUCUCCAGUGAGGAGCUCCUCAGUCUCCGUUUCCCCCUGCACCGCGCCUGCCGGGACGGAGACCUGCACUGCCUGACCGCCCUGCUGCAAGGCCCGCCUGGACACACCGAGCUGCAGCUGGGCAAGGAGGACUCCUGCUACGGCUGGACCCCCAUACACUGGGCCGCACACUUCGGAAAGGUGAUGGGGGAGACUGGGGGGUUACCGGGGGGACGGGGCCCUCCAUGGGAUUUAGGAGGAGGAGGGGCUGGCGCCAUUUUCUCUGGGUCUUAGUCUGACAAAAGGGGGACGGACGGAGACGAGAAACAAAGAGAGUGAGGAAGGCGGGCGUGGGGGGCUGAGAGAGGAGGAGAUAUUACUGUUAUUACCAAUAUACUGUGUGAGGGGAGCAGACUGGGGGUAAUGGAGGUGUCCAUGUAGUGUUAUCCUGUAACAAAGUUACUCUGUAAGGUGUAUUGGAUGGGAUAAAACCUGGUGGGAGGGCUGAUACAGAUAGGGGAGGGCGGCAGAAUGAAAUGGGAGUGUAUAACACAAACACGAGGGAUUGUAGACACAAAGGGAUGCAGGUUUGAUGGAAUAAUAGGCUCAUGCAAGGAAUUGGCAGAAGGAUAUUAGUUGUUCACCUUGUUUUCAAUUGCAGCCUAACAUUUCGUGUUAAAAGGACAAUAUAGUCACUCAAACAGCUUUAGUUUAACCCCAUAAGGACCAAACUUCUGGAAGGGAAAAAAAGGGAACCAUGACAUGUCACACGUCGUGUCUUUAAGGGAUUAAAGGAUCACUAUAGUGUCAGGAAAACAAACUAGUUUUCCUGACACUAUAAAACACUUAGGUCCCCCUCCCGCUGCACUGAAGGGGUUAAAACCCCAUUCAGCCACUUUUAUCCAGCGCCGGACUCCCUUGACACUGGUGACCUCUCCUCCCCCUCCGACGUCAGCUCCCAAGUGGAGCGGAAUGCGCGGCAAGAGCAGCGCGCGCAUUCAAACAUUCUCAAUGCUUUCCUAUGGACAUUCUGCACGCUAAAUGCAAUUUUCGAAUCCAGCCUGUCAGCCUGUCAGAGCGAGCACAUGUGCUGUAUAUACUUACCUUCCGCCUCUCUGCACUUCCGGGUUCUGUGUGAAGUGCAGGGAGACGGAUCAGUGCUGCUGAUCUCCCUGUGUAAAAAAAUAAAUAAAUAAAGUUAAAUCCCACCACCCCCCCUUUCCCCUGCUUUAAUAAACUUAACCCCUUCCCUGCCAAUUGAUCUUUAAGAAAUGGUAUGCCUUUAUGGGGUAAUUGGAUUAUAUAGCCUUGUCAAAUACUCUAAAAUGGGACAUGGACACAGCGUAAAAAUUCAAAGUUUGAAAAAAAACUGGAAUGGCUGUAUCUCAUAAGUGCCCCUUCAAUGUCCACAUAUACCUGGCAAAGGUACAUAUGGGGGGGGGGGGGUUUGCUGUACUCAGCCGACAUAGCUGAGCAACAUAUGAAGUAGUAUACAGUUGUAGUACACAAAAGGUUUGCAAAAUAUACUGCGCAAACACACUUUGUGUGUCAAAAAGGCAGAAAAAAUGCUUAUUACCACUAAACUUGGUACAAGCUAGUGGAAAAAUGAUCCCACGCUAAGGUUCAAAAUAGGCCUUUUGAAAUUCCCUUGGAUGUCUUCUUUAAGAAAUGGUAUGGCUUUAUGGGGUAUUUGGAUUAUAUAGCCUGGUAAAAUACUCUAAAAUGGGACAUGGGCACAGUGUAAAAAUGUAAAGUUUGAAAAGAACUGGAAUGGCUGUGUCCCAAAUGUGCCCCUCUGAUGUCCACAUAUACGAGGCAAAGGUACAUACGGGGGUAUUGCUGUACUCAGCCAACAUAGCUGAGCAACAUAUGAAGUAUUAUACAGUCGUAGCACACAUACGAUGUGCAAACUCACUUUGUGUGUCAAAAAGGAUAAAAAACGCUUAUUUCCACUACACUUGGUACAAGCUAGUGGAAAAAAUAUCCCACGCUAAGGUUCAAAAUAUGCCUUUUGAAAUACCCUGGGAUGUGUUCUUUAAGAAAUGGUAUGCCUUUAUGGUGUAGUUGUAAUAUGUAGCCUGCUCAAGUGCUCCAAAGUGGGUCACGGAUGCAUCAAAAAAUCCUCCAUGAAAAUUCACACUCAAAAACCUUAACUUGUCAAGUCUCUUUUACAGCAGUGUAACUUCACAAAAUAGUGUCUAGGUCAUACAUUGGGCAUAUUGUUUCACUCAGAAGACUUAGCUGAGCAUAAUUUGGGGGGUUUGAACUUAGUGGCACAUAUGAAAUGUACAAAAUGCCCAGCAAAAAUGUAAUCCGAACGUAAAAAAUGCCAAAAAUUCUUUUUUACCACAUACUUUUGACAUUUAUUGGUGAAAAAAUGGGGUCAUGUUAAGUCACAAUAUGCACCAUAUGAGACACCCUGGAGUGUCUACUUUUACAAAUGGUAGGCCUUUGUGGGGUUUUUUGAGCAGUCAAACUGCUAUAAUACCCCAAAAUGAAGCAUAGGCCCAUUAAAUCCGCCUCUCAAAAUUCUACUGUAAAUGUUGAAACGGACAGGUCUCCUAUAUGGCACUGUAGCUUCACAAAAUAGUGCCAAAGACAUGCAAUGGGGGUAUCGUUGUACUCAGCAGAAGUAAUUGAACACAAAAUAAAACUUUGUACAGGAAUAGCACACACCAACUUUACAAAAUACACAUGAGAAGUUCUUUGUUAUAAGUUUGUGUGCCAAAAAAACAAAAUUUUACCCUAAUAUUUAGCAGAGAUUGGCAGUAAAAUGGCUACGUAGAAAGUGUCAAAACAACCUUAGGUAAAUAGCCCGUGAUGUCUACUUUAUAUAAAUAUAUACUUUUGUGUGGCAAUUUUGUUUUCUUUUAUGGCUAUUAAGCUUACAAGACAAACAUACCAAAUUCUAAAAUCGCUCCACAUUAACAGUUUAUUUUACUCCUUGUGCUUUGUGACCUGUAACUACCAAAAAAAAACUUAAAAUCCCAGACACAUUAUAUAUUCUGUAAAUCAGAACAACUAAAUUAAUUUAUUUGUAAUUACUUUCUUUAACCUACACUAAUUAGGCAUACAUUAUUGCAAAAACUGUAAAAAAAAAAAAAAAAACUUCUUUUUGCAUUUUUUUUUUAAUAAUAAUAAAUAAGCAUUUAUAUAUAUGUUACAUCAAAUUAAAGCCCUUUCUGCCCUUUAAAAACCGUAUAUAAUAUGUGUCGGUGCAAUAAACGAGAGAGAUGCAAAUUGCAGUUGAACGCAUACAGCAAGAAAAUGCAAAAAUUGCUUGUCAUUAAGCGUAAGACAAGCUUCUGAAGCUGUGUCCUUAAGGGGUUAAUGAAGCAGUUUUGGUGUGUAGGUUAUGCCGCUGCAGUCUCAAGCCCUAGUCACACCUCUCUUGGCUGUGACUGACACAACCUGCAUGAAAAAAAUGAUUUUAUUUUCAAACGAUGUAACUUACUUCAAAUGUAUCUCCUAUUCUGUAAAUUGAAAUUUAAUUACAUACAAGAGGUUCUAGCAAGCUAUUAACAGAGCAGGAGAGAAGAAGUUUACACUUUGUUUAUGGCAAAUUCUGCCUAACUUAACACAUUAGGUGACUCUUUACAGGAAGUGUUUAUGAAGUCUGUGUAACUCACAUGCCCGGAGGUGUGCCUAGGGUGCAUAAACAAAGUGAUUUAACUUCUAAAUGGCAGAUAAUUGAGCAGUGAGACCGCUGGGGCAUGAUCUAUACACCAACACUGCAUCCUUAAGUUGAAGUUGUUUUGGUGACUGUAGUGUCCCUGUAAGUCGACAGAUAUGGGAGAGAGGCAUUAACCCCUUAAGGAUGGCAGGUGUGCUAUGCCGUUCUUGGGGACCCGGCUCUAAACGCCGGUGGGCGGCAUAUCACGUCCCCGCUGUCCUAUGUAUUGCUCGCCGGUGGUCGCGGUGGGGGGGGGGGGCUCAUCUGGCAUCCCAGGGAGUCCCCCUGCUGCGUUCCGGCCCUCCUGUGCCAUGUGAUUGCGAGGACCUCACAAUCACAUGGAGGGGGAGUGCCUGUAAUUACUGGUAGUCCUAUUGCUGCCUGAAAAAAGUUAAAAUAAAGUUUAAAAUUAUAUACACACGGUCUAAGUGUAUUUUAAUAAUAUAUAUAAUAAUAUAUUAAUAUCAAAAUACACGUAGAAUGAUAUUUAUUAAAUAUAUUUAUAAUUAUAUAUUUUUAUAUAAUAUAAAAUAAAUAUGUAAAUACAUUAAAAAAAUAAGAAAUAAUUAAAAAAUGUGUAAUUGCUUUCUGACUGUAUUUUGAUAUUAACAUAUAUAUUGAUAUCAGAAUACACGUAGAACAAAAUAAUAUAUAUAUAUAUAUAUAUAAGUAUAUAUCACUAUAUAUACCUACAUAAAAAUAAUUUAAAAAUUUUUUUUUAAUAUAAAAAUCUUUCAACAUUGAAGUUGCUGUUUAGCGGAUAGAUGAGUGCGCUGGAUCUUGUGUGUGUAAUUAGGUCAUUUUAGUAAUUACAAUUUGCGGGACCUGCCUGACAACCCAGGUAGAAAGUCCAGGAAAUUUAAUUUGCUAGCACCAUAUUUAACCCUGUAACUUUCCAAGACACCAUUAAACCUGUACAUGGGGGUACUGUUUUACUCAGAAGACUCUGCUGAACACAAAUAGUGUUUCAAAACAGUAAAAAGUAUUACAACGAUAACAUCAGUGAAAGUGACAUUUUUUGCAUUUUUCACACAAAAAAUGGCACUUACACUGACAAUAUAAUUGUUGUGAUACGUUUUACUGUUUUGAAACACUAAUAUUUGUAUACAAACACAAAGAUAAAGCACCGCGCUUACAGCAGCAGUGGCUUAGUAUCCAACAGCUUAAAAUACAUAGUAAAAACAAAGAAAAACGUUACCUGCGCUCUGGCCUAAAUCCCCAUGUGCAUUUGAACAAAAAUGGAGGCUCUUUAGUUCUAUUCUAAAUGGCCAUUUGAAUAUAUAAGCUCACCAGCCACGUCAAGGCAAGCCUCAAUAGGUGAGUUCCUACACUAGCCAUUAGAUAUGCUGAUAUCAGCCAAGAGUCUCCAAUGAGACAGAAAGGGGUAUUUUAUAAACCCUUUAACAUUUAACCCUUUAUAGGGCUUCUGCACAUACAAUAAACUUUGCUGAUAUCAGACAAAGUGAGACAGAAAGGGGUGUUUUAUAAACCCUUUAACAUUUAACCUUUUAUCCAUUUUUGUUCAAAUGCACAUGGGGAUUUAGGCCAGAGUGCAGGUAACGUUUUUCUUUGUUUUUACUAAUAUUUGUGUUCACCGAAUUCUCACGAGUAUAACCGUACCCCUCAUGUACAGGUUUUAUGGUGUUUUCAAAAGCUGGAGAGUCAAAUCUAAGGCUUGCGUUUCAGUUUUUUCACAUUGAAAUUCGCCAGAUUGGUUACGUUACCUUUGAGACCGUAUGGUAGCCCAGGAAUGAGAAUUACCCCCAUGAUGGCAUACCAUUUGCAAUAGUAGACAACCCAAGGUAUUGCAAAUGGGGUAUGUCCAGUCUUUUUUAGAAGCCACUUAGUCACAAACACUGGCCAAAAGUGGCGGCCAAAUUAGGUUUUUUUGCAUUUUUCACACACAAAUGUGAAAAAACUGAAAAAUGUAACAUGCUAGAGUUGACCCUGUUACUUCCCAAAACUCCAUAAAACCUGUACAUGAGGGGUACUGUUAUACUCUGGAGACAUCGCUUAAUACAAAUAUGUGUAUUUCAUUGCAGUAAAAGCAAACAGUAUUAUGACAUUCACAGUUAAAAUGUCACGUAGAACUAAAAAAAACAAAACAUAUCUUAUUUUCUCCCAUUUUAUUUUAUUCAUAUUAAAUUCUGUUUCAUAGCUAAAUAUUUGAUGUUAAAGGAAACCCCCAUUUCCCCUGAAUAAAAUGAUAUAUAAGUGUGGGUGCACUGUAACUGCGUCUGGCAUAGAACUUAGUAGGGCUAACCAUACAGAUAUCUUAAUUUUUAUAUAGUUAGUGUAAGAGAUCAUCUGUUUAACAUAUAUAAAUAAUUGAGAAUACAAUAUAAAAUAAGGAUUGUCUUGGAAGCAAUAAAGUUUUGUCUUUUUAGAUAUUUAUUAUAUAAAAAUAUAAAUAUAGACAUCUAAAAUCCAUAUCGCAGAGUUUAUAAGAUUAAACUCAAUGCUUGCAAAUAUCAUUAAUAGGUUAACAUACCCUUCUGAACAUGUCAUCAUGUCUUUUUAACAUGGAGCAGUGUCUGUCUCCAAGUCUUUCCUCUCUUCCUUAACAUUUAAAAGUACACCUAUUUAUACCUUAGGUGUCUUCAUUUUAGGGUUACUGUAGUUCAUAUAUGAAAAAGCAACACUUCUUUUACUUUAUUCAUUUUAGGACCUCCCUUAACUUGGCAAAAAUACAAGUCCAUAACUAAAGGGUGUAUACGUCAUGGAAAUUUUCCUGACUUAGUUCAAGAUGGCAUCUUAAAGUCUGAACAUCCUUAUCUACUAAGGUUACCACAGUAUAUUACGUACUGAAAGAGUCAUAGGAUAGCCUUGAAGCUUGUUUAUGCAUUAUUAUUGUAAUUCGUCUGGGACAAAGUGGCGCAAACAUAUUAUGCACUAAGGUUAUUGCUUAACCCCUUAAGGACACAUGACAUGUUUGACAUGUCAUGAUUCCCUUUUAUUCCAGAAGUUUGGUCCUUAAGGGGUUAAAGAAACCUCUAUGAAAAACAUGUUCAAUUUCUAACACAUUGUCAGUUUGCAAUAUCUCUUAAAGACAAAGUACACAGUUUAAGAAAUACAACAUUUAAUUCUAAAACUUGUAAUAUUUGCAUUUGCCCAUAACAGCACGUAAUAUGAAAGUGGUGAAUCACGGUUGAACAGGCAUAUAGUCAAAUUCACAGUUUUGUUUUGAUCACAACGUGUGAGUUUUGCUCAGUCCUUAAGAGGUUAAAGAGAAUAUUUUGUCAAAAUUAAAAGCAUCUUUUGGGAACCCCCCGCCCCCUUUUUAUAUUUUUCCCCAACUAAACUUUUAUUUACUUUUUUCCAGCUGCCCACUCCUCCUCCUGUUUUAUUUUAUUACCUCUUCAAAUUCUUGUCCAAUUUGAUGCUUCAUAGAGAAGCAUUUUGGACAAGAAGUACAGCAAACCCCGAGAGGUCUGCCAGUCAAAUACUUCUUGUAGUGAAUCCAGUGCUUCUCUGACAAGUCAUCAGUGGAUGUUUAAUAUCUAUAUGCAGUUCGUGCGUGAGUGUGUGGAAUUUCACCAAUUGAGACUAUCUCGGUUCUCACUCUGGUAGCAUUAUCUAGUGGCGGUCAGUGUAAUAACCAUUAGAGGUAAGUUUAAUACCGCAAUGUAAACCUAGCAAAUCUCCAAAACGGCUAUGUUUUACAUUGCAAGAGUAAAUGCCAGUGGCGCUGCUCACUCACCACUUAGUUUAUAUGGUGUCCCGUUUAAGCUCAUGAUUGAUGAGGGUAGGGUUGUUUAAGCAUUAUUGAACCUCUGCCCAGAUAAAAACAUGUGUUCACUAGGGCUAAAUUUAAAUAAAUAAAAAAAAUUACUAUUUCAGCCUGUUGGUAUGUACUAUGCUUGUAAUGUAGAGUAUGUGGAAAAUAUUUACAGAUUUAAUUUCAAACUUGCCAAGGAGAAUUUCAAUCACUAUAGUACACUGUAGUGGGUUUGGUGCCCGGAGUACCAUUUGAUGUUCUCAGUUCUGCUGGGCAUAGUUCAGAGAUCUUCCGGUUUGAUUACUUACAAGCGGGAGUGCAGGUGCACACCGGACAUCAUAAACAUUACAGUCCACUUUAGUGGUUAUGGUGCCCGGAGUACACUGGCACCCUCCUGGAGUAAGUAGUAAAACAGUUUGCAAAUGUACAAUUCAUGGGCGCUUCGGUGUUAGCUCUGUCAUUUGCACCUGACAGUCAACACAAAGAAAGGGAGACAUGAAACAAACUUUUCUCUUAAUUUCAACAUUUACUUUGGCUGAAAUGAACUGACACUUGCUAAAUCUUUAAAGGGACACUAUAGUCACCCAGACCACUUCAGCUCAAUGAAGUGGGCUGGCUGCCAGGUCCCUCAGGUUUUAAGAAAAACUGUUUACAUUUGGGGUUAAGCCCGCCUCUAGUGGCUGUCCUCUGGACAGCCACUAGAGGCGCAUCUGCGAUGCUGGAAGCAUAUUAUGACUCCAUCGCGCAGAGCGUCCAUAGGAAAGCAUUGAGAAAUUCGGCUCCGCUGACGUUGGCAGGGGAGGAAAGGGUCACUGGAUUAAGGUAAGUGGCUGAAGGGGCACCCUCAGGGCACUAUAGUGUCAGGAAAACCGCUUUGUUUUCCUGACACUAUAGUGAUCCUUUAAAGUGAACCUAUACUGGUGGAAUUGAGAGAUUUAUAUAUACUAUUUUAUUUUUGUUUUCUAUUGUUUGGGUCAUCACUACCCCCUGGCACCCUCUUACAUGUUUAAAAAUUGACAGUAACUUUUUUUGUUGUUGCUUUGACUCUGUCUAUAAAGCUGCCUUUUCUGCUUUCCGUUUUGUCUUUGACCUCUCACCCAAUCAAAUACUUUUUAUAGAGUAGCAUUGUGGAUGACAAGCACAUGUGAAGCAAGCGCCACACUCCUACAAUCAAAUGCUUCUCAUGGUGAAGCAUUGAACCCAAUGUUUUUCUCUAAGAGGCAUUGGUCGAAUAUUCAACGGCUUCAUGCAAUGCUUGGAAAUGUUGAACUUUAACCCCUUAAGGACACGUGACGUGUCAUGAUUCCAUUUUAUUCCAGAAGUUUGGCCCUUAAGGGGUUAAAGAAUAGUGACUCUUUUGUGGGUGCAGGAGCACCAUCUAGUGGCUGUUGGGGAGACAGCCACUAGAGUUAUUUAGCCCUGCAAUGUAAACAUUGCUGUAUCUUCAAAAGGUUUAACAUUGCUUGACCAGAAUGCCAGGGGCACUGUACAAAGAUGACUUCCUAAAGGGAUUUGGGUGACUAUAGCGUCCUUUUUAUAUGAAAGCUGAGCAUGUAAUGAAAAAACAUUAUGGCAAGUUAGGGGUGAUUUUAAAUUAAUUUUUUUUAUCCAAUGGUGUAAAUUCCAAAGAAGUAAGUUUCCAUUUAAGAAUUAAGUGCCUCCAGUGGCUCAGUCUAAAAAAAAAAAGCAGUGUCAAAACUAAACAAAGUGAUAAUUGUUUGUAUAUACUCACAAUGCAUAUCAUAUAUCUGCUCUAUGAGAAUUACAAUUUAAGUGACAUUAUCCAAAACGUCCUCAUAUUUGUACUUUGGCAGCACCAUUUCUGCGAAAUGCAUGUUCCGGGUGUGCCCCCAAUUCCAUAUUUAUCUUUACUACAAUCAGUAGAUUGCAUGUUUUCUGACAGACGUCACUGCUAUAUUCAAUAUUUGUUUAAGAGUACAAUAUUGUGUACCACAGAGGGUCCCUCUAAACCACAAUGGCAUCCAUAGAUAUUGUUUCCUGAUGAACAAGACCAUGCCUGAAUCUCACAGCUGUUACUAGGGAUUUUGCAAAAUGCAAUCUUAGACUUGUGUUACCUCAUGCGGUAUCUUUAGAUUACAUUCAAAUUUUAGUGAAAUUUCAACACUCUUGAUAUGAAUAUUUAAAGCCGUUCUGACACUUCUGCGUAUUUAAUAAAGAUAUCUCUAACCUCUCAAGUAUAAUAAUUCUGUAUGAUUCUUUGAAAUUAUAUUAAGUCUAACUAAAAAAUAUAUAUAUAUUUUUUUUAAUGUAGUUGGAGUGCCUUAUUCAGCUUGUUGGCGCUGGAUGUUCAAUUAAUGCCUGUACAACUCGAUUUGCCCAAACCCCUGCACAUAUUGCCGCUUUUGGAGGUCAUCCCCACUGCCUAUUAUGGCUCAUUCAAGCAGGUGCACUUGUAAACAAACAGGUAAGUCCUCAGGUUGAAGCCUACAGUAUGGUGGGCUAAUCCACCACGAUGCACCUAAUAUUCUGCAACAGAAAAUCAUUAAAAGAACAUAUAGAGUCAGGAACACAAACAUGCAUUCCUGACCCUAUAGUGUUAAAGACGCCAUUUAGGUUGCUUGCCCGCCCCCCCAUAACAGUUAAGAACAUUUACCUUAUUUCUAGUGCUGUGCGGGUCCACCGGCUCUGCCCCUGAUCUGCCUUUUUGGCUGACUUAUUCCCAUAGGAAAAGCAUUGAAUUGGCUGAGAUAGUCAAGGAGGUGGGGCAGGGUUAAACACCAGCCUGGCCAAUCAGCAUCUCCUCAUAGAAAUGUAUUGAAUCAAUUAAUCACUAGCACUAUAACAACUUAAAAAAUAAAAAUUGUUAAAAUGCGUACAGUAUUCCUUUAAAGGUACACAUCUGACCCCUAACGUAGCUUGCUGAAAUUCUUUGUGUGUGAACUUCUUUUGGUUUCAUAAUUCCUCAUAUAUGCUCUGUUUUAGACUUUUAUUUUUAGUGUUUUCAUUCAUUUCAGAAUUUUCUCACAGUUCUGUGUUUGUUUUUUCAGGACUACGUAGGCGAAACCCCAGUCCACAAAGCAGCAAGGGCUGGUAGUAUGGACUGCCUGAAGGCUCUAGUGUCAAACGGGGCACAAAUAGAGUAUGUCUUUUUUUUAUUUACUUGCUUUUUCUUCAUAUAAUUUUGUUAAAAUAGAACAAAUCAUAAACACAUUAAUCAUUUUAGUCUUCACCAAAUGAAUAAACUUACUGUCAUCUUUUACUGAUAUGACAGUGCAUGACAUGUACAGAAAAUAAGCUUAUAGUGUAUUGAGCUGAAUUGUCUAAUUGUAGCUAUCCAUCUGUUGGAUUGCAACUUAUUUAUUCCUAAACUGGUCACUGAUGCUGGGAGAGCUAAGCUCAACACCUGGAGAAGCGCCAGUUUGACAAAUCCCGCUCUUUUGCCUAUUUUACCUUCUGUCCGCCAGAGUUGAUUGGCACACUUUAUUCUCCUGGCAUGACAAUAAUUAACACACACAUAAGUGGAUUUGAUACAUUCUUUACAGUAUUGGUAAUGCAUACAUUAUACUGUAUAGUUUAAGUUAUAUUGUAUUUGACCUUUAUCUUAAAUAUUUACAUUUUUAAUGUUUUAAAAAGAUUUACUGUUCACCAUCAGCAGCUUGAUCUAUUAAACAUUCUAUUUGUGUUCUAUAGUGUUUCAUAUUGAUGAAAGAUGUAUUUGCUCCCCAGUAAUGCUGCAAACAACCUGAGAAAAUAUUCACAUGCUCUUUCCAAAGUAAUAUAAAAAAGGCCUAUUUAGUGUUGGCCAUCAAGAUGGUCUCAAAAUAUCAGAAAUUAUUGUGUGGUUUGAGAAGCAUUCCUACAUUUCCUACCUCUCACUUAACUGUUCUAACUAGAUGUUUGUCAAUCCCUUUCAUAACUAAAAUUCCCUGAUUAGCGUCUUCUGUAGUUUUUCAUAAUGUUUGGUUUUUAUUUGCACACUUGUAAGUUACAACUCCUUUCUUUAUUCCAUGUCUGGAGCUCUUUAAAAUGUUAGACAGAUCAGUAAAUGAAGUAACACAAUUAUAUGGUUCCUUUUUAUAAUGUUAGUAAAAUUUUAAAAUGGGUGCUAAAAUUUCCAGUGCAUUUUUUAGAGUCCUAAAGGUGUUGUUUUAAUAUUUAACUAAUUAAAAUAUAAAUGCUGCACGUCCCCAAUAUGUACAUUUCAUAAUAGUCAAACAGGAAGGUAUUAUAUUUUUAAUCAACAGCUCACACAAAAAUAAUAAAACAGGCAAUUUAUACAAUCCAAAAAUCUGGCCACCUUUGAGAUUUGUUUUCAUAGAAUAAUGGAAUCAAUAUGAAAUGGCUUUCUAAACAGUUUGUGCAGCUAGAAAUGUCCUAUAAUUCUAAGUGGGUAAAUUUAGUAUAGUUUUUACAAGCUUUUAUAAACUUCCAUUGGUCUGUACUAAAAUAAAUUUACUGUAUCUAUUCUAUAGCUUGAGAAAAUAUAAUUAAGCACAAUGUCAAUCCUUGCACACAAAUUGCAUACAUUUAUUUUACCUCCAUUAAAGUUGCAGAUACAUUUCUAAUGUAACCACCUUUGGGAUCUACUUUAAGGGAGAUUCAUAUUUCUUUUGAUGUCUUUUCUGAGUACAGUACUAAAAGUUUUGUAGUGAAAUUAGACCAUGCCAUAUACAAGCCUUCCUUCCUGAGGGUGUUUUAGAUUUAGAGCACUAUUUUGUUGACCUCUCAGCUAAGGUGUAAACUCCAUAAUCGUAAAACGAUGCAAACAUUUCAUAGUUUCAUGUUGCAUUUCUCCUUGAAGUAUAUUUAUCUGCCUUCUGAAUAUCCUUUUGUAAACACAUCUGUGUUCCCUUUCCAUUCUCAUUAGAGUAUUGAUAACAAUCUUUCAAGGCAAGCGCUUUUUACUAUCGACAUUUUAUUUAUUAUGUAUCCUGAGUGCGAACUGCUUUUAAUGCAUAUCGUCCCUUUAUGACCAAACCCAUGCAUAUACAGACUUUAGGUGGAUGAAGGCAAGUACAGUAAGUUUGUGGCAUGAUAGUUUUUGCAGUCCCCAAAGGUGAAUUUUCAUAGCUGCGAUCAGGACAUUUGAGAUGAUAAAUUCUAGUGAUUAGAUUGCUUAACUGUGCGCUUGUAUUUUUAUUGGAUUCAAACGCUUGCAAGAAAUUUGACACUAUUUAAAACACUCUCUAUAUAAAACAAAAAUUUAUAAAUUGCCUGAUUUUCACUUGUAAUUUCUAGUAAGGCCUAGUAAAUUAAGUUAUCCAGGAAUAUUUAAUCACUCUAAUGCAGAUCAGUGAUUGAGAGGCAGGAAAUGUAAGAUAACCUUUUGUGCUUAUGAAAACUGUAAAUCAUGUUUUUAAUACCUAAAGUGGUGGUUACUGUAUUAAAAAUAGCACCCUUUUCUAUACUGAAUACAAAUAAGUCUAGGUGCCAAGUCAUUUUCUGCCAGGAAAACUGUAAUUUAUUUUUAAAUUUCUUUUAACAGAAUCGUUUUUUGUUUUUUUUCCAAGGACUUCCUUUUACUUCUUUCUAUAUUUUUUUUUAUUUUUUUUUUUAUUUUUUUUUUAUUUUUACUUUCCUUUUCACCUACAAGGCUUGAUGUAACUUUUUAUUUGCUUCUCUUUGAUAUCCAAAGUGAGCUGCUGUUGUAAUUUUAACCCAUUGACAGAGGUCUUUUCCAUGUUCUAUUGUUCUUUGCAUGAACAUGGAUUUAUAUCUUCUAUUGCAGCUUACGCUACAGAUUCUACAUUCUCAAUGGCAGUAAGGAUCAGGCAACUUUCUGUGCGAUAAAGUUUAUCAUUAUGUCCAUUUUUCUAUUUAAAAAAUAUUUCUACUCCUGAUUAAGUUUUUAGAAACACUUUAUUGUCAAAAUUUCACUUGACCUUUUUUUCUUUUCUUUUGUAUUCCUGAUAUACUUACAAUUCAUUGCCCCCUUGUGGGUAUGGUAUAGGGGAGGAGGAAUGCAAAUUUUUCGUCUCCAGUAUGCUCCAUCUUGUUAUGGGUAUAAAUACUGAACUAGGGAAGAACUUCUUUAGUCAAAAAGUAAAUAGGUCGUUACUUAAUUUUUCUUCUGCAUUCAAAUAUCUUUUGAAACCUGGUACCUGAAAUUCUGAUCCUCUUUUGAUAUAUAUAUUUUUUCAUUUUUCCUUCUUUAAAUUAUUAUUAUUAUUUUUUUUUUUAUUAACCGUGGAAACUACACGUGUCAAGGUUUUACAGUUAUGCAAUUUGAAUUGACUUGUUUUGUUUUUUUCUUUAUGUAAUCCUAGAAAUGGGAGCAUUCCCAAUAGCAACUGCUGAAUCUGCCACAGGUGCUGAUUCUAAAACCUUACAGUUGUGACAAUUCAUGUUCAGUAUUGCUUCCUUUCUGCACACAAGGCAUACUAUUAAGGUAUUUGUUGUGGUAAUUACAAAACGUCUGCAUUUUUCCAAACAAGAAGUAAUGAUAUGCUCCAGCUAUAAAUUGGCUAAUUAUAGUUCUGGGGUUUUUUGGUUUGUUUUUUUACCCCACUCUCUUUCUAUGUGUUGAUCCCGUGGUUCAUCUUCUUGCUUAAUUGAUUGCUCUUAUUUAGGUAUGAUCUGCGGUCUUGGCACCAGUUUCGUUGCCAGUCUGCCCACUUUCAAUGCUCAUGUUGCAGCUAAGGCGGUUUUAUUGCCUUCACAUAGGAACCAGAGACUUUUGCUUAUGGGUGUUACUUUCAUACACCUCUGGUUACUAUUACUUGACAUCUUGAAAUAUUAAUAAAUAUGAUCGUUCUUAAACUUAAGUUUUUGCAAUUAUAGCUAAUGCUAUAAUCAUUUUCUAAUUUUAGUAUUGCCUCCUUUCCUAUUAAUAGGCAGACUGCCUGCCUGUUCAGCUACUUUCCUUUGCAAUAUUUAUGGAGACUGGCAUUUGCAUGUUGAAAUGCAAAGUUUAUCUUACUCUGAUUCAGAGACUCAACGCACAACUACUUCUCUGCAUUCUGACAUAAGAAUUGCUGCAUAUUUUGUAAAGCCUUCUCGAUCAACAAUAUCUCUUAAGAAUUUGGUCGUUGUAAUUUCUUGAUCACAAUUUUCAGUACCUUUUUUAAGAAUCACUAGUACUGUAUCCUGUUAUACCCAAGAAUAGGCAUAUUGGUAUACCUGAGCAAAAUGUAUUCCUUUUUUUUUUUUUGCAACAGUUGAAGUGUUUUAUACCAUUUCCAGAUAAAACUCCUGGCUUUUGUUGUGUAUUUCUCGAAAUAAGCUUUAUUCAUUUUUUUUGUUUUAUAAUUUCCAUUUCCAUGCUUCUUGUUGUGUUUGAAAAACACAGCAAAAAUAUCAAUGAAAAGAAAAGCAAUUGGAGACGGACAUCAUUUAAAGCGAGAGUUUGGAAGAUGGAGGAAAUAUGAAAAAGUUGUUGCAAUAAUGAAGGAAAAUAUAUUUUUACUUUUGUUUUUUUCUUUGAAUCUUGUGUAUAUUCAGAGCCAUAUUUAAUUCCUUUAGUUCUUCUUCAAAGCAUCACUACCAUUUUUACAAAGUAGUGCUUUAUAUCCUGUACCCUAAAGCUGACACCCAAACUCUAAUUUUCUACUUUCAAUGCAUUUGGGUUGCAUAUUGCUUGUUUUAUUUAAUAAAACCCAUAUGGGAAGAAUUUUGUUUUACUUGUACAAUUUGUACAUGGCUUGUUCUGAUUUCUUGUUUUGAAUCAUUCAUUGAACUUAUGAUUGCACAACUCGUAUACCAAUCAUUCUUAUACAAAUUAUGGAUAUUACUUAAUUUUCAAAAUACCCAAGCACUAGUCAUCAAAAUGAAUUGCUCUUUUCUCUCACAGGACACAGAGUCCUCACCUUCAGACUUCUUCCUUCCUAGCCUUUACAGGGCAACACCACACUGAACAUCCCAGUUUCUAUAUGUUUUAAGGACUGAUUGCCCACCAAUAACCGUAUGGUAAUGCUACCUGAUCUAUCAGAUGGUAGUCCAUUGGGGGAAAGCACAGGUAGUUUUUCUUGGGCUUUGUGUUGGCAGAUUCAUGAUCUACAUGCUAGGUUAAUCUUCUGGUAAAGGUGGAACACUUGCACAAGUUGCUUUGUGCUUCCAGUUGCUGAAGGGAAAUGGCCAUCAGUUUCUAUUAAAUUUGAAAACACUUUUUUUAUUUCAUCAUUUUAUUUGCUUUUUUUUUAAGAGGUGGUUUCCUACUCAUCUUUUCCUAAAUAUUGAUGACUAUCGUUAUUGUAGAAACUGGCAAUUUAUUUUAUUUUUCACUACAUGAUUUUUUUGUUUUCCAAUUUAAAAAAAAAAAAACAUACAAUUUUGGUUCGUUUGUGCUGAGCACUAAAUUAUAUUUUUAUAUUUUACCUUUGUCCUCGUCAAUUAACCGACCUUCCACAUAACGUUACCAUUGUGCACAGUCUCCUGUUAUAUAUAGUUUCUGUGAAUUCCUGAUAACCUCUUUAAUACCUUCCCUCUCAUCGAUCUGAGAUCAUGUCUUAUGUACCAUUAGUGGUAUACACAGUACACAUUUUUUACCUAUAUUUUUAUUAUUAUUAUUAUUUUAUUUUAUUUUUUUUCCUCUUCCACAAUUUUACUGUGACAGCUGAGAGCAGGUAUUUUUUUCCAUUUUUGGUGUAUCUUGUUUAAUGAAUGAUUCUUGUCUUCCUCCUGCAGCUGAAUUGUGGGGGGAGGAGGGGGGAUAAAGUAGCUUCCUCAUAAAGAGCACAUUCUCUGGCAGUCUUUUAAGUGUGUGUUUUUUUUUUUUUUAAGUUUGUAGAAUAAUUUACAUAUACAAUGCAAUUUGUCUUGAUCUUCAGAACAAAGUAUAAAAUGCUCCAAUGCAUGCAUUGAUAAACACCAAAGAGUUUGUGUAGCUUGUUUGCAGCAUUACAGGUAUGGAGUAAAGAAUGUAGUUGGGUUUUUGUUUUGUAAUUCCAUUAUGGUAGAAAUCCAAAUUCCCUUUUGAAUGCAGAAUCAACCUCAAUCUACAUCAUGUUUUGAGUGUGUUUAUUGUUUUCUUCCUCAGAUGAUGGUGAUGUAGCAUCAUGUUAAAUUUAUUUUUAAUAUAUUGUGUUGAAUAUAAACACUACAUUUUCUAAUGUUAAAACAAUUUUUUCAGGUGGUCACAUGGCCCAGUAAACAAUUUGCUCAGAACCACUUUUUUUUUCCUGCAUACACAUGUCUUUUGAAACCUGUUACCUGAAAUUGUGAUCCCUUACGUGAUACAUAUUUUCCUGUAUUUUUCUGUAAUUUGCCAUUUCCCUCUUUAAAUUAGACGUUUUUUUUUUUUUUUUUAAACUGUGAAAACUACACGUGUCAAUGUUUUACAGCUACGUAAUUCGAAUUGACUUGAUUUUUUCAAGUAAUCCUAGAAAGGGGAGCAUCCCAAAUAGAAACUGCUGAAUCUGCCACAGGUGCUCAUCCGAAAACCUUACAGUUGUGGCAAUGAGUGUUCAGUAUCGCUUCCUUUCUGCACACAAGGCAUACUGUUGAGGUAUUUGUUGCGGUGAUUGGUUUUAAUGCUAAUUUAGGAAUCAGUUAUAGACUUUCUAGAUUUGCAUGCAUAUGUUACCCUAAUAUGCAGUCUCUACUGUAUCUGUUAAACUAACAUGAACAAAUUUGAGAGUAGCCUUAUCUAUUGGAUUUUAUAGUAGGAGGGGUAAAAUGUGACAGAUUUUUCAUUUAUUUAAAUUGUCUGAUGGCAUUUGAAUUAAUCUUUUAAUUGUAUUGAUGAACAGUAAUUCCACUUGUCAGAUACUAAUUUUAUUUGUUCUGUUCACCCUUCUGAUAAAGUCAAUAUCCCGCAUAUAGAAUUUAUAUUUUAAUUAGAAUUGUAUGUUUACGUGUAAUUAUGUGCUGUUUUGACCAUUUUGUGUAUGCGGUCCAUUUGGAAGGGGAUAAAACAAAUGCACUUUUUCGUGUGGUUUUACUCCUGUUUGGUCAGAUAUUUGACAUCAUAAAUGUGGGGUAUUCCUGCCAGUUUAGCAAGAUGAAUACUGUAGCUACUCUCACGGUGAACCAUUUACUUCAGAUUUGCAAACAAGAACUUAUUUGUGAGUGACUAUGAAAAACAAGAAAUUGCAUGUGUUUUCAUAUUAAUGGCUUGCCAAAAUAAAGACCAAUCCAUACACAAAGUUUAAAAGCAAAGCUUUUGUAGUAAACUACAAAUUUUCUAGGGUUUCUGUAAAUUACUUUUAUAGUACUUUAAUUUCAACAAAUUAAUGGAGAAAAUAAAUAAAAUAUAUUUGUGGUCGGGGCAAUAUUGCCGUAAUGGCUAGAUAACCCAUAAUUAGCAAUACACAUCUUAGUCAAUAGCACCAGUCGGUUGUGGUGUGCCGGAACAGACAAUGCAGUAGGCCUGUAAUAGAGGGCAAAAUGUGUACCAUACAAAUAUAUAUAUUCUACAAUACCUCAAUAUUACUUGGAUACAACACGAAAUGCCUGAUGAAUCCUUAAACGGUUCAGGUAUAGAUAAUGCAUAAGAGGAUGAUCUCCAGUCGUGAUUCAUGGAGUAGUCCUGGCGAGAUAGAGCCCAGACCUUGCAGAGGUGUUUGGUAGAGAUGGUACCCCAGUGAUUUGGGAACUCGAGACAUACAAUUUAUACAAAGCCACCAUUAGUAUGAUCUAUAUAACGUACCGGCAGGCCAGCUAUUGCCAAGUGGCGAAGAAUUAAACUAAUGAGUGACAGGUGAGGUCCUGCUAGUUGCCAAGCGGCAUGAGAGGCUCUAUGCGUUGGCCCGAGGGGAAAUAGAGGCCACCGAGACACAGAUGGCGGGGUGAUGGCCUCUCGUUGACUACUAAAGCAUAAGAUAGAAUGGGAGUGACCGGUGAGGCCCUCCCUGUGCAACAAUGCGAGGCGAAUAACAAUGUGUUUUGGCCGAUUGCGUCGUCCUCAGAGUAUGAGGAUGGGUGUUGGCCUCGCGGGACCACUGGACUAUGGCAUAGAGGCCAGAAACCUACCAUAGUGGACACCUAGAUCCCUAACAGCCAGCACUUAUCUGCUAAUAGGGGACCUCAGCGUGGGCCAGAUCGUGGACCCAUUUAGAAUGGAGUCCGAGAACGUAUGCCUCUGUGCUGCCAGGUCGUGGACUCAAUCAGACUGGAGUCUGAGGAUGUAUGCCUCUGCGUGGGCCGGACUGUGGAUCCAUUUAGAAUGGUGAGGGAGAACGUAUGCCCCUGCAUGGGCCAAAUCGUAGAACCGUGACCGGGAACGUAUAAUACAGCGUGGGCCAGAUCGAGGACUGAAAUAAGUGACCUUCCCCACUUGAGUACAGGAGGCAAGACAGGCAAAUGCUGCCAGGAAGGAUGAGCUCCCUGACAGGACAAGCGUGAGAGUAUAGGAACAUGACAAAAUGUGCAGAACCAUCCGGCGAUCCAGGUCAAGGGACAGAGACCCAGUAACAAGCGCAUACCAGCGAGCACGUUAGAGGCGCAAAAGAGCGAACCUCAGCGCCGAAAACACGAAGUGUAAGGGACAGGCAAUUACACCAGACGAGUGAGCAGGGGCGCACCAGACAGUAAAACCAGAUGCAGAAUCAGAACAGGCAAUUACACCAUAUGGAGAGUCACUAGAAAUAGCAAAAUACAUGCAGCAAUUUUUUAAUUUGACUUUUUUUAAACAUGUCAGUGAUUUACAUGAAAGGUUGUGCCCUUCAAACACUUUAAUUAAUUAAUAUAUAUAUAUAUAUAUAUAUAUAUAAUAUAAUUUCCUGUAUCAAAACAAAUGGUGGGGGAAUAACAAUUACACACCAUAUUGGAAUACAUCACACACACAGAACUACAGUGUAUACCAUUCACAGGCUGCAUGACUUAACAAACGCCCCAGAGAUCCGACCAAUAAACAGACUGGUGAUGGCAAACCUACUAGCAGACAGAGCACUGAUUAGUGCUAAAUCCCAUGCCAGCUGAGCUCCACGUCACAGCUGCAGGUGAGUGGCAGACACCAUACCAGCAGGCAGAGCACCAGGAGAGAGGUAGACAUCCAAGCAAGGGUUCUAGAGGUCAGCCAAGGCAGGGAGUGGACCCAGGGAGCAUGCCAUGCUUGGCGGGUACUUACCACCAGUCUGUGGGGAGUCACAGCUGCAGGCGAGAGGCGCGGCAAGAGCAGGGGGACCAAGGUGUCUGGACCAGGCAGCAUAUGGAGAAGCACCCAGCAGGCAAACACACUGAGUAGAGAGCAGACCUUGUGGAACAGACAGGCACGCGGCAGGGGCAGGACCUCAAUGAUGGUACAGGGAAACCACGCCGGAGGUGAAGGUCAGCAAACGUGAAGAAAAGCGAACUGCAGGCUUAGCUAGCAGUUUUAGACUAUGCCCCAAUGAAAAUUACACAAUUAAAUGCAUACAAGCUGUCCCUUGGGGCAUAUCUACCAAACAAUGUUGGCCUAAUGAGUACCUGAAUACCCAGAGCACAAACAUUAAAAUGUAGGGUGACUAACUGAAAUGCAUGUGAUACCGUUUUAUAAAUGUAAGGUCUUAGUAAGAACAUUUAUGACAUUUAGAAGAUAUUCCCCCGUACAGAAAAUAAGGAAUUUUACAUUGUGUACAGAGAAUGUAUAUACAAGGUUAUAUUUUAUUUCCUUUAGCACAUGUAUAGGUCUUAGUUUGGGCCUGACCUAAACUUAGACAGUCAGUUGCAAAACCUAGCCACAUAAUUACUAAACAAUGAAGGCUCAAAAAUGCAUGAACACACAGGGCAGACAAAGAAAACUUUUAAAAUGUAGAGAGAAACAUUAAAUUGCAGGGUGACUAACUAAAAUGCAUAUGAGAAAAGUCGAUAUGGCCUUGUGAGGGCCAAAUAAAGUCAGCAGAAUGAGGUAUGGCUUCCAAAUACAGUAAGUAGAAUAAAGCAUGCUAUGUAUGAUUGAAAUAGGCUAAAUUUGCGUUACUAGUAACAUUUGCCAUAUCCGAAAGGUUGAACGAGCAAACUUACGGUUAUGUCGUAAAAACAAGUUAUAGAAGCCGUGGAUGGGCUUGAUGCGGCAGUGCCCCAUGAGCUUCUAGUGAGGUGGCUGUUCACUAGAGUGAGGUAAACAAAUACUUGCGUACACUAGGCCAAGACCAGCUUGUUUGGCGUUUAUGCAGUUUGUGUUGAUGAUUUUUUGAACUGGAGGUAGAUAGUUCUGAACUGAACCAGACAGUCUCAUCAGCCUGCAACUCCCCAGACCAACCACAGUGAAGUGGGAGAGGACUGGAUACCCAAGCCCUUCCACAACUACAGGCCAAGUCUUUAAAAAAAAAAAAAAAAAACACACUCACUCUGAGGCAUACCUCUUACUGAAGUCAGAUGUCUCAAUCAGAUUCAUGACCACAGCUGUGCAGAAUCAAGCACCCAGCCAUGCUGUCUGCAUUCACAAACAUUUGUGAAAAAGAUGGGUCAUUCUGAGAACUCAGUAAAUUCAAAUGUGGUACUGUGAUAGGAUGCUACCUUUGCAAUAAGUCAGUUUGAGAAAGUUCAUCUCUGCUGGAUAUAUCAUGGGCAAAUAAAAAUUAUAUUAUUGGAAAGUGGAAGCAUUUAGGAACUACAGCAACUCUGCCAUGAAGCGGAAGACCACGUAAAAGCGUGCUGACGUGCACGGUGAGUUAAAAUCGCCGACGCUCUGCUUAUUACAUUGCUGUAGAGUUCCAAACUUCCACUGGCAUAAUAGCACAAAACCUGUGCGCCAUGGGUUUCCAUGGCAGAACAGCUGCAUGCAAGCCUCACAUCACCAAGCACAAUGUCAAGUGUCGGAUCAAGUGGUGUAAAGCAACUGGACUCUGGAGCAAUGAAACUUGUUCUGUGUAGUGACCAAUCAAGCUUCUGUUUGGCAGUCUGAUGGGCAAGUCUGGGUUUGGCAGAUUGCUUGACUGCAUUGUUCCAACUGUAAUGUUUGGUGGAGAAGGAUUAAUGGUAUGGGGCUGUUUUUCAGAGUUUGGGCUAGUUCCCUUACUUCCAGAGAAGGGAAAUCUUAACGCUUCUGCAUACCAAGACAUUUUGGACAAUGUUAUGCUUCCAAUGUUGUGGGAACAGUUUGGGAAAAGCCCUUUUCUAUUCCUGCAUGAUUGCUCCAGUCCUCAAAGAUAUGGAUGGAUGAGUGUGGAAGAACUUGACGUCCUGCACAGAGCCCUCACCUCAACCCCAUCUGACAGUUUUGGGAUUAACUGGAACAGAGAUUGCGAGACAGGACUUCUCAUCCAACAUCAGUGCUUGACCUUACAAAUGCUCUAAUGGAUGAAAGGGCAAAAAUUCCCACAAAAACACUCACAAAUCUUGUGGAAGCUGUUAGAGUGGGGGUGAGGAAGGAGGGGAAGCUACAUAUUAAUAUCUAUGUAUUUAGAAUGCAAUUUCUUAAACGCCCCUGUUGUAAUGGUCAGGUGAUUUAAUGCUUUUGUCCAUGUAGUGUGUGUGUCUGGAGCACAUUUCUGAUUGAGGGGGGCAAGCAAGAAAACACUUGAAUAAACUGAAGAAUUACAUAAAACUACAGCUUUUCUACACUUUCUUUACUUUGUAGACUUUGAAUCUUAAAGGCUUUACAAUAUUUUGCACAUACAAUUGGAGAUUAUAUACUGCACUAGAUCACUAUAGACUGCAGUCUUAAUCCUAAAAUUAUCUGAUAUAUAUAAAAAAAAAUUAUGAUUAAGACAACAGAUUUUAAUUACAAUGCUACUAAUAAUAGUAUAGUAAGUAGUUGGUACAGUCAAGAGGUAAAGUAUCUUUAAGUACCUCUUAUAACACAGCACUUAAUCGUUCAAUUGUCUUCAAAAUUCUUUGCUGGUUUUGAUACUCCAUAUGCUUAAUAACUUUAUUUGCUAGAAUUUCAUUUGAAUGUAACCAUAUUUUUGUUGAUCGUUAUUUCUUAUACCUUCAUGAAGGUCAGUUACUGGUUCAUUGUAUAGUAUAAAAAUCACUGACAACUGCAUUGACCGGAUUGUUUUAAUCCCACAUCAAAGUUUACACCAGCUGAUCUAUUUCAAAAGUAUAUAUAAAUAUACUGUAUGCAUCCAUUAUCUCAUCUUCGCAGGGUCUUAAUUAUCAUUCUCUUAUGUGUUUUGAGCACAUUUUUUCCAUUUUUGGGCAAGGAAGAAAACACUUGAAUAAACUGGAGAGCAAUGCAAGGAAAGUGCACAACUUUCCUACAUUUUCUUUACUUUGUAGACUUUGAAACUUGAAAUAUGUCUCUCUACUAUUUGAGAUUGUAAUGGCUGAGCUUUGUGGGGAAUUGGUGGCAUACCUGGAACAUGCAAGUAACAGCGCACACAAAAAAAUAGUUUUAAAUUGUAUAAGGCUACUUAAAAAUCGCCUACCUUGGCAAACCAAUUUGGUGAUUCAGUUACACCAUAUAGCCAUAUUGUAUAAAGCCCACCAGUGUCACAGCACCCCAAUAUCGGUGGGCCCUCCCCUAAUCUAAACAUGGGAGAUUAACAUGCUAACUGCAAUACUUAAACUGUGUCCAGAGUCUCUUUAGAUUUACACUUUCCUAUGGUCACAGGUUCACUUAUAGUAGAGGGGUCCAAAAGGACUAGGGUCAGGAUUCAAAAUAUACACCGAUAAAAAGGAAUUCUGGGCAUACCCAGAACAUGCGUUCCUCAGCAAUGCUGUUGCCUUAAAGGCCAAAAUUUAUACAAAAUGCAAAUUAAGGGACAGUCUGUGCACACAAAAAUAUAGUUUUACAUUUUACAAGACUACGGUCAUAUUGUGUAAAGCCCACCAUAAAAUAUAAAAAUUGUAUCUUGAGCACAUUUCUGCAUCUAUUUUUGUGCAAGCAAGAAAACACAUGAAUUAAACACCUGAAUAAACUGGAGAAGAAUGCAAUAAAACUGCACAACUUUCUUUACUUUGUAGACUUUGAAUCUUAAAGACUUUACAAUAUGUUGUGUAUACAAUUGGAGAUUCUAGCGGCAGAACUUCAUGUGGCAUAUUCCACUCAACGUGGAUUUGAUAUGCAUGCCAACUGUUGUGACUGGCGCAAAGUGUUUUUUGGGUUUUUUUUUGUCUCGGUACAGAAGCUUCUUCUACCCUAUUGCCAUUACCAGCCUUUGCUGCACUGUUGGUUCGGUUCUUUUUUUUUUUCUUUUUUUUUUAAACCCUGUCUCAAAGAAUGUCACUGGAUUCUCAAGUUGGAUUUACAAUGCAUCUGUUAAGAAAUGUUAAUAAUUCUCAUUGCUCACUACUGGUAGCAUAUUCCUUUCUUUAGGAAAAUCCAUGCCCAUCUUGUACCAACUGGCAAAUUAGCACACACAAAAAUGUAACUGGUUUUGUGAUGUUGUGUCUUUCAUAGAUCUCAAGUUCACGUGAUAACAUUUUAUAACAGUACAUUGUCAUAUUCCAUGCCACUCAGACCUCAGUACAGUGAGCAAUUUGGUUUUAUAUAAUUACUUCAUCUCAUAUCGAGGAUUGCAUUAGAAGCCUACUUUCUGCAAUUUGAGUAGUACAAAUAUCUAAAUGUCUAAGACCUGUAGCUUGCAGUUUUGAUGAUGAUUUAUUAAGCUUGUGCUACUCUGUAUCCCAAGGCUGACUGGAAGUUUUUAGACUUUCUUUUUUAAAGAUAUGACAACAAUGUAAUCAGCAGUUUCACAACUGAAUAUAACUUCAUGGUUUACCUCAAUUUAUGAUGUCAAAAUGUAAUCUGUUAUAGUUAAUACUUCUAAAUGCCAUAGACAAUUGUUUAAACCAUGUAAGCUUUUGUAUCAGUGUUCUGAAGUUCAUUUUAAUUUUAGGAACUUUUUUAUUUUGUUGUGGUGAGGAAUGUAGACAAUUUUAGGAAGCCUGUUCUAGUGUAAUUUUAAAAAGAUUGAAUUGAUUGUAUUUGCUUUCAAUUUUAGAAUUGUUCUAGAUGCCAUGUUUUUUUUUUUUUUGUGUUUUGUUUUUUGUUUUUUUUUAAUGAGCACAACUGCAUUUCAAUGUGAAGGCAAUCUCUGCUACUGGAGAGGCAACCAACACACAUCAGUGUUAGAGGUCCCUCCAGUAAGAGUGGCACUUUAGAGCCUUGCUAUUGAGAUCAUCUUCAUGCUUUGCCAUCAGACAGCAGCUAAAUGUUUUCAUUGUACAACAUGCCGUUUCUAAUGCAAAUCUUUCUUACACAGCUUCAGGAAUGCCAGUGGCUUGACAGCAGCAGACCUCGCACAUUCCCAGGGGUUUGGAGAGUGUUCUCAAUUCCUUCUAAACCUUCAGAACAGUCAACUCAACGGUUUUUAUUUUAGUAACUCCUUAAAUGGGGUUCCUCCGAGCAUUCCACCCAACCAUUUCAAUGGGGGGAAUAAUCGUAAAAGAUCCUUCACUGAUUUAGAGGCAUCAUCGGUAAAGAAGCGUAGAACUGAAGGUAUGUGCCUUAUUUUAAAUCAAACUAAAGAACAUUUAACUAGCCAAAACUUGAGUACCAGUGCUUUGUCUUUUUUUUGGGCAUUAUGCGUCUGGUUUAUUUAUGUACUGAUGCAAAUGUUCUAUAGACUCCUAUAAUUGAGUCUUUGAUUAUCUUUCAUUAUGCAACAAUCAAUAGAGAAAGCAAUCAGACAAAAACAUUGUAUUUUUCUGGGAUAUGUGCUUCUUUGAGGACUUGGUACAUAUAAAUGUAUGAACUAAGCAUUGUGUUUUGUAGUGCAGAAAUUAUACUGAACCUUUUGGGCUCUUUUGAUUAUUCAAAUCAAAUGCCAAUCCCUGCCCUACUAUACUUAUUUAAAAAUUAAACAUGGAGGUAGUUCAUAAAUUCCCAUUUACGGUAUCUCUGUACACCCCAUGCUUUCUGGUUUACGGUUUAUAGUAUUGGUACAUUUUGCUCAUGUGGGUAUGAGAGGGGAAAAGAGAAUACUACAUAUCUGCAGUUUUGCUACACCUCUCAUAUGCAUGAGAGGAAGUGAAUCCACUGAAACUGGUGACUUGUGGGUCACCAAAAUCUCAUAUUCAUACUUAUUUUUACUAAAACAUCUAGUAAUUGUAAGUUGAUUCUCGUUCAUUGAUAUUUGGUUUGAUGCUAGUUACUGCUUCAUUCUACUGUGGCCGUUAGACCCAAGUCUUAAAACUUGCAAACCUUUGCAUGCUAUACUAUCUUAGUUUAGCAUCUGAGUCAGAUUUAAGGUUUUUGUUUUUUUGUUUUCCUUCUUCCCUAUGCAGUGAAUGGCUUUUGCUUGUCUUAUCCACCGCACCUGACUGGAGACCUGGAGGACGAUGAGAACAUGAAUGUAGAAAUUCACUCCGUGGAGAUAACAGGUGGGAUUGGGCAGAUUGAUGGCAGCUGCUGCAAGACUCAGAUGCUUGAAGAUCUGAAACCAAUGGAGAACGAGUAUAUUAGACCGGCUGAUGCUGAUAUUUGCACAUUGUCUGCAUUGCAAACCCCUUUCCGUUGCAUCAGUCAAUACGCUUAUUUUUGAGCUCCUUACCCCAGUGUCUUCUGGUGGUCUUACAAAUUUUCUGUCAUCAUGAUUUUUUAAAUAAUGUUAACAUAAUAUAGACUAUUAGGCUGGAAUUUAUUUUUUAGCACUUUUAAGAAGAUGACAAAAAUACUCCAGUUUGCAACUUAUUUUUUUUAUUAUUUUUAUUAUUUAUUUUUGUUAAUGGUCAUUUAGAUGUAUCAGACAGUUUAAUAGUCUGUUUUCAAUAGAAAUAAGCUAUACAACACUGUUUUUGUGUGCAGAGUAGUGGACCAUCAUCAGUCUUAUUGCUGUUACACUUUAUAUAUUAGAUAUUGUAUAACCUUAUUAAGACUAAGGUUGUGUCCUGUUUGUGUUUAUUUUUAUUUAUUUUUUGCUCUGAAUCUCUCAAUUACCAGUGUGUUGGUUCUGACUUGGAUUACUCUGUAUACACAGUGCUAUUUCACCUUAAUCUGUUGUAAAGUAGUUGUAAGCUUAACACCUCAACCACAGCAUUAUUUACACAGAGCCAUGAUAUGCCUCUUAACUUUCUUAAUUUCUCUGUGCAGUGGCAUUUGAUCUAAAAGAAUUUCCAUAAUAUUUUAAUGUUAAGCUAACUUAUUGAACUUGGAACACCCAUGAGUCUUGUUGUAUGAUCAUUUGACUGUUAGCAAUGCACUAACCCUGCAUACAUCAGUGGACAGUUUAGGCACCAUAACAACUUAAUCUAAGUGAGGUUGUUUUGGUGCCUGGGGGCACCUGGGCACAUUCUAACCCUCAGGAUUUAUACGGCUCUUGAACGGUUUAACCUUAAAGUUGCCCCCAGCGCCUAUAUUCCCCCCUGACUGUGUCCAGCUUCUGAAAAGUUCAGAUUUAGGAAGCACAGAGUGCCAAUGGGCAGAGGUCCUGCUCACUAACUGAGAAAGGUCAGCUGAUGCACUCAGUCAAUCAAUGUCUCCACAUUUUCAAAACUGGCUUGGGAAAGGUUUCUUUCCAAGCCAGUUUAGUGAAAGUGGAGUCAGCCCCCUGCCCGGUGGCACUUCAUACUUUCUUAAUCUGACAUUUCAGGAGCAGAUUGCAGCUUGGGGGAGCAGAGAUCAGCACUGGAGGCAUCUUCGGGAUUAAACCAUAACUACAUUUAGAUGAAAUUGUUAUUGUGCCUUGAGUGUUCCUUUAAAGGCUAACCUUUGAACUUUCAGAAUUGUAAAAUGCUACAUUUUGACUGGGCCUUAAGUCUUCCUAUAGUGGAAAUCUUUGCACCAAUAGUCUUGAGUUAUCCUAUGAAUUCAAAUGUUUUUAUUUACUCUGGUUGCACACACUCCUGUCUGUGCUCUUAUCAUAGAUGAAAUAACCAUUAUAGCAGACUGAUUUAUAUAUGCAAUGUAUGAAUAACUUUCAAAGCACCAUUAUAAUUACAGCAAAAUUUGGAAAAAAACAAAAAUGGUUGCAUCCGAAGUAAAAAGUGACUUGCUGUGCAGAGCAAUGUAACUACGCAAAUUCAGUAUGGAAGUCAUUGCUAAUCAUGACCUUAUUAGUAUAUUGUUCUGAUUGUAACAGAUAUGGAAACUACAUUUAUAUACUGAAUAAAAUAAAAACAAACUCUUUGAAGUGCUGCCUUUUCUAUAUAGCAGUACAAUAUGUAUAACUAGUAGGCCAUUACAUAUGUUUACCUUUUGUAUUAGUAACAUAGAAAAGCAUUGCAAAAUUUUUUUUAUUUUUCAUGACUCAUUAGGGUAUUUUUAUCUGUAAGCUUAGCUUUUUGAUUUUAUAUUGCAAAAUCCCUGUUUGCGGAAGUCUCCCAACCAAAUUCACGGAGAAAGCUUUAGUUGGAUAUAUUGUUGAGAUGAGCAGUUCAUCCUAAUAGGUCUAUGUUGAACCCUCUAAAUAUUAGGUUCCAGCAGUAGCAUUAAUUAUAAUAAUAAGUAAAUCUGCAAAGGGGAACUCCCGGGGGGCAAAAGCAUUGCAGCACAAUUAGAUAGUUAUAAUGCCAGAAGUCUCCCCAGGUAAAAUUGAUGUUGCUAAUCUGGAAUUGGAGCUUCCACUUUUAGUGAUUAGCAGAGAUGUGGAGGACUGCAGGCACCUGGGUCCCCAGGUAAGUGUGAAACUAUUCAGUAACUGUUCUGUGGGGCAACAGCAGGGAAGUCCUACUUGGAGUACCCUAUGUUAUGGUCACUUUUUUGAGAUUCUUGGUUGUAGAGUCCUUCGUCUUAUUUCGUAACAAACUGGCCAUUUGGGCGAUUCAGAGGCGUGGAUACCAGCUACAUUUCCUGAUGUAACAUUGGUAAGCUCUAGAAAUUUUUUAGCUUCAGUAUUAAGCAAAUUUGAACAGCUUGCAGUAAGCAUUACUAUUGCUGUAUUGUGGUGUAUAAUACACUACUUGUAACAAAAUAGAAUCUAGAUAUAUUUACUGCUGUGCAAAUGUUUUAGGCAGUUGUGGAAGAAGACAUUAAAGUAAGAGUGCUUUAAAAAUAGUCAGGUUAAUAGUUUGUUUUAAUGAAUGAGCAAAAUGGGUAAAUAAAAGAAAAAUCUAAAUCAAAUCAGCAUUUGGUGUGACCUCCCUUUGCCUUCAAACAGCAUUCAUUUUUCUAGGUUCACUUGCACAAAGUCAGGGAUGUUGUUGGCAUAUUGUUGUUUGCAUGGCAGUUAUGCCAAACAAUGCUCAUGACCAUCAAUUUACUAUGCAGGUUGAAAGACAAUCAUUAAGUAGACAUUCCAAACACCUAAAGUGCUCUAGCUUGCUGAAAUGCUUUUUGUGUGAAGGGUGUGUCCUUUCUGUAAAAUUUAAAAAUAUAAAAAUGCAUUUUUCAAUAGAAGCUGGCACUCUUAUAAAUUAACCACCUUCAUGGUUGUUUAGAGCAGUGGAGCUAAACUCCAGAGGAAGCAAUUAUCCAGAGCACCUGCCUUGCAAAGACUUGUCACUGAGCUGCAUUGGUUAGUCUAUGAUUGGACAUCCAUAGAAGGUCUGGGCUUAGGAUUAAGGGGGUGGGUGGGGUUUGCAAAGACAGCAGAUGAGAUCUGCAGCUUAUUGCAAGCUACAUUUAGAUAUACCCCAAUGAAGAAAAUGUAUAAUUAAAUGCAUGCAUGUUUUCAUUUUGUUUAUCUAAACAGUGAUAUUGGUUUUUUUUUGAUCUAUUUGAUUUUUUUUGUAUUUGGGCAGAGGAGUGUCCCUUUUUAAGUGAAGUAGCUGUGUAGGCUCAAAAAAACAGGGUGAGGAACAGCCAAGCUGCUGAAUACAGUUUAAGGUCAAACAUCAUAAACCAUGGCACAGCAACAAGAUAAGUUGGAAGGUAGUAUAAAGUACUUAUUCUUAAUCAAACAGGUCUCCUCUAGCAGAAAUAUAUAGCCAGACAUAUGUUAACAGAUGAACUGUCAUAGCUCUUUUGAAAAUGCGCAAAGAAACAGGCAAUGUUGACUAUCACAGAUGCUGUGGUAGGCUAAGGUAACUUCAUGCAGCAGAUGACACGCAUUGUGGACAUCUUCCAAUUGUCACUCGCAGUUGGAAGAUGUCCAGCAUUGCCAUCCAUUUAGAAUUGUCAGGAUUCAGUGGGACCCAUUUGCUGUCCAGAGAAUUCAGAUCAGAAGUGUUCUUCAUGGAAGGCUUGAACCAAAAAGCCAUAACUCUAAUGUGGAAAAAAGGCCACUGGACACAUUUUUAAAAAAAUGUCAGCAGUUGCACUGGGAUAAUGAGUAAAAAUGUUAUAUAUUUGGCUUUAGCAGCAGGCUGUCUGUACGCUGAAAGGCUGGAGACUGGUGCAAGAAUGAAUGUCAGCAGGCAUCUUUGAAGCGUGUUGGGGGUAUUUGCGGGUUAGGUGCUAGAUUACUGCAAAUGGAGUUUAGUAUUUGGUCAGAAUUAAAUCUCACUGAUGAGCAAUAUAGACCUAUACUUAUCCAUGAAGCCAUUUGAUUGGCCCGACAUUUAUUCUGCAGCAUGACCACUCUAAAAAUACAGCCACAGUCAUUAAGCACAAUCUUCAGCAUUAAGAACACAAAGGCCUACAAGUGAUGCACAGAUUCACCCCUGGUCUGGGAUAACCUGAAGAAAUAGAAGCAACCACGACUGCCCAAGUCCACAAAAGAUUUGUGGCUAGUUAUCCAAGAUGUAUGGAACAACCUACCAUUGGAGUUAUUUUCAAAACUGUAUGCAAGUGUACCUAGAAUAAUUGAUACUGCUUUGAAAGCAAAGGAUGGUAACUGAAUACAUAUAUUUGACUGUACUGAAAAUAAAUCAAGCUCUUGUUUUUAAACUAAAAACUUAAAGAGACUCUUCAGUAAAUCCCUCCCACCCUCCAUCCCAUGUUGCUGAAUGGGUUGAAACCCCUUUCAGUGACUUACCUGAAUCCAGUGCCAAUGUCCCUCGGCGCUAGGUCAGGCUGCGCCCAUGCUCCUUCCCCUGCCUACAUCAAGCGGUGGGGGAGACCUAAUGCGCAUGCGCGGCCGCGUGCAUUAGACCUCCCCAUAGGAAAGCAUUAUUGAAUGCUUUCCAAUGGGGAUUCUGGCGACGCUGGAGGUUCUCAUGCAUAGCGUGAGGAUGUCAGUGUCAUUUAAAACACUUUUUGUGUUCUAAGAACACGGAACUCCAUCUAGUGGCUGUCUGAUGGACAGCCACUAGAGGAGGAUUUAACCCUGCAAGGUAAUUAUUGCAGUUAAUAAAAACUGCUAUAAUUACCUUGCAGGGUUAAGGGUGGUGGGAGUUGGCACCCAGACCACUCCAAUGGGCAGAAGUGAUCUGGGUGACUGGUGUGUCCCUUUAAACAAGAGAACCUUUAACAGAAUAGUUAAAGCAUAUUUCUAUGUUGAUUUUUUAUUUUUUUUGCUUAAUUCAACUGAAUUAAAUUACUAAGAAUAUCUGUGUUCAAAGAGCAUUGACAUUUUUGUUUAAAAACAAAACUUAUUUUGCUUUACUUGUGAUAUUUCUAAUUUGAAAUGAUUUUCAUGUCCUAUGCAAGUUGGGAUUUAAGUUAAGCAUAAAUAUACCCAGAUAUAUUUUUGUAGUAUUCAAUUUAAUUAUUUUCAUUAACUUACUGACAUCUUAUAGUUAAUAUCCAAUUAUAUAUUUAUGUAGAUGGGUUAUCUUGUACAAGCCAUAUAAUGCUUCCAUGUGUAAAAACGUUGCAUACAGUCCGUUCAAGCAGCAUUGUCCACAGUAUAUAGUACAGUUCCAUAUAUUGAUUGUAUAAAUGUGCCCAAAGCUAACAUUUUUUCACAAAGAACAAACAAAAGAUUUUACUGUAGAGGUUGUUUUGUCUUACAUAGAAACAUAGAAUGUGACGGCAGAUAAGAACCAUUCGGCGCAUCUAGUCUGCCCAAUUUUCUAAAUACUUUAAUUAGUCCCUGGCCUUAUUUUAUAGUUAGGAUAGCCUUAUGCCUAUCCCACGCAUGCUUAAACUCCUUUACUGUGUUAACCUCUACCACUUCAACUGGAAGGCUAUUCCAUGCAUCCACUAUCCUCUAAGUAAAGUAAUACUUCCUGAUAUUAUUUUUAAACAUUUGCCCCUCUAAUUUCAGACUAUGUCCUCUUGUUGUGGUAGUUUUUCUUCUUUUAAAUAUGGUGUCCUCCUUUACUGUGUUGAUUCUCUUUAUGUAUUUAAAUGUUUCUAUUAAAUCCCUCCUGGCUCGUCUUUCCUCCAAGCUAUACAUGUUAAGAUCCUUUAGCCUUUCCUGGUAAGUUUUAUCCUGCAAUCCAUGAACCAGUUUAGUAGCCCUUCUCUGAACUCUCUCUAAGGUAUCAAUAUCCUUCUGGAGAUACGAUCUCCAGUACUGCGUACAAUACUCCAAGUGAGGUCUCACCAGUGAUCUGUACAAUGGAAUGAGCACUUCCCUCUUUCUACUGCUAAUACCUCUCCCUAUGUAACCAAUCAUUCUGCUAGCAUUUCCUGCUGCUCUAUUACAUUGUCUGCCUACCUUUAAGUCAUCAGAAAUAAUCACCUCUAAAUCCUUUUCCUCGUAUGUUGAGGUUAGGACUCUAUCAAAUAUUCUGUAGUCUGCCCUUGGGUUUUUACGUCCAAGAUGCAUUAUCUUGCACUUAUCCACAUUAAAUGUCAGUUGCCACAAUUCUGACCAUUUUUCUAGUUUACCUAAAUCAUUUGCCAUUUGGCUUAUCCCUCCUGGAACAUCAUCCCUGUUACAUAUCUUAGUAUCAUCAGCAAAAAGACACCUUACUAUCAAGACCUUCUGCAAUAUCACUAAUAAAAAAUAUUAAAGAGAAUGGGUCCAAGUACAGAUCAUUGAGGUCUUGUUCUGAUGUAACCUAUACCAGCAGCUGGCCUCAAAAUAAUUAGCAUGCUUCCUUUAAAUGAAUAAUAUUGCAACAUUAGCUCUCUGGAGCCAAGCACUGCAGUGCAGUACUAUCUUUUUUUUGUUUGAUAGCUGAUCAAUAUCAGCCAUUUAGAGGCAUGCUCUGCAGGGCUGAACACAAACAGACCUCACAGCUCUCUGAUGGAGUUGAACAGGGAGCAACACCUAGCAGAAUUAUAAUUAAUAAUAAAGUGGCUAUGGUGCUUGGAAUGUUCCUUUUAACAAACAAUCUAAAUUACAUCAUUCUGCAAUUCAGAUUUAAUACACUAUAAUAGCUUAGUUUAGUCAAUAAUAUUUAGCAUAAGUUCUGAUUUCAAACUGAAAAUGGAUGGUGAAGACUUUUUUAUUUUAAUUGUUGCAGGAACUAAAACAAUCUUGAUUCACACCCAUAGGUUUUAGAUCAGCAAAGGGGGUUGCUAAAAUCUUCUAGUACCUAUCUCUACACUUUUCUUUGGUGCAACACAUUAACCUUUGUAGUAUGUUUGUUUCUGUACUGUGAAACAGAGUAAGGUUCCUAACCAAAGGUCAUUUGAGAUUGAAAGUGCAUUCAUGUGAGCAUGACCAAAUUUUCCAGUUAGAAAAUGUAUUUUACCCUUUGGUGACUGAUGACAUGUCUCAAUUAAAGGGCACUUUAAACAUCCAUUACUGGUUGUAAUACCAAGUGGCUCCUCAUGCAACCCCCUCACUAAAAGUACAAACAUGGGAACCAUGGUCCUUCUGGUGUUCUCCAUACAGCUAAAGUGGCUUUUCACAUUAAACUUUAACUGUACCAAUUUUAGUGCAACCUUUCACAGCGUUCAUUGGAUUUGACCAAAAAAGGAUGGGUAAAUGAGUGCCAAAGUGCAAAUAGUGCAGGCAAGCCACUGAAAAAUGGGAAACCGUUUGUAUACAGUUUAUUUGCACUUCAUUAAAUUUGAGCUUCACUUGCCAGUCUCAUCGAAUGAAUGGUGUGAAAAGUUGCUUAACAUUUAUAUUGCUAAACUUGAUGCUGGGUGACAAACAUCGGGAGGACUGUUAUAUGUUUGACUUUUACCAGGGUGUGGUGCCAGAAAAUGCUGGACACCGUGGUUGUGGUGUUUAAAGUGCUAUCUUAAUUGCAAAAUAUACUGGUGAUUUUGAAUUUGUCAUGUUGAAAGUCCUGAUUUUGCAAUCAUGUUUCCCCAAGAUUUUUGACAGGUGUAUUUUUUAAAUACAGAUGAGAACGGUAUGUCGCUCUUCGGUCCUUUAACAAAUGGACAAGCAACUAAUGGACGCACGGCACAGCUUGGCGAAAUGGAAACAAGUCCAGCCAAGUGCCUUGUAUCUUCCAAAGAAUUCAACAGCAACGCUUUGAUAAAUGGGAAAAGGGAGAGUGCAGAUGAGCACGGAAGGUUCACAGAAAAUAAUGAUGAGGUUGUUAGUACAUCAAAGUGUGGGUCCUUGCAUUCUGAUGGAAGUCCUAGCAGCUGGGUAUCUCAUAGGCCAUCUUGGCAUGAUGGUAUUGGUGAAAGUUUACAGUAUGGACAUUACCAUGGAUUUGGAGACACAGCUGAAAGCUUGCCUGAGCACAGUAGUGUGGUAGAACAUUCCAGUUCUGUCAAUGUUGAGUGCAAGUACAAUAGUACUUUCAUUAGCACUCUCCACCAGUACCAGGGCUUCUAAACCAGGAAACCUAUUUGUUUAGUGCAGAGAUUAGCUUGGGCACAAAUGUUCAAUUUGACGUGUAUAUCACAACAGAGUGUCAUAAAUAUGUGAAAGAAAAUAAAAACAUAUUUAAAAGUGGUGGUGGGGGGGAUUUUGCUAACCGGAAGGUUGAUAACAUUUCACGAUGUUCUAGUUCAAACUGCCAGUAUAUAAAUAUAAUUUUUUUAGGACGAAAUUGUAAAUAAACCCGGUUUGAUUUCUUUUGUAAAUGAAGACUGAAAAAGCCAGUGACUUUAUUGAAAAAAAAGAAAAGGGGGGGGGGCAUUUUGGUUGGUUGUUUAUUUUGUGAAAGCAAUUCCAAUUGUAUGGUGUGUUCAAAGAGCAUUGACACUUUUGUUUAAAAAACAAACUUAUUUUGCUUUACUUGUGAUAUUUCUAAUUUAAAACAAAUUUUUUGUCCUAUGCAAGUUGUCAUUUAAAUUGAGGAUAAAUAUACCCAGAUAUAUUUUUGUAGUAUUCAAUUUAAUUAUUUUCAUUUGACAGGCACAUUUCAUGCUGGGAAGCUAUGUAUUUGUCUGUUACAUGCCUAGACCAGCUCUGUACCCUGUUAUUACAUUUAUAUCAAGGUUAGCCCAUGUUAGUUUCUGUUCAUUUUAAAGACCUAUUUGUGGGGAUAUUUUUGUUCUGUUUUUCUUUGGAACAGAAUUAACAAAGGCAUACUUGAAAAGACCUAAGUUUUAUAUUUGAUAACCAAAACAAUCUUCCUUUGUAUUUACUUAUCGCUGUAUAUACUUUUACACCUCCUGAUUUACAUGUAUAUGUUUAGUUAUUUUUAUUUUAAUGGGGGGGGGGUGUCAUCUUUAUUAGGGUAUGUGUUUUUUUGUUUUUUAAAUCCCUUACAGAUUUGCCAUAAUCUGUUUGUUACCUAGUUUUAAAUAAAAGUGUUAUUGCAAAUAAGUGAUGCAUGGCUUCCCUCCCCCCACCCCCCCCUUUUUUUUUUUCAUUCCCUCUCACCUUCAUAUGCAGUGAGCAUGUAAAAGGUUGUAAUAUUGUCCUUUAUUUUUGUUAAACGCUCAAAUAUUAUGUAUUCAACAUGCUUCUCCAUACAUAUUGCCAAUGCUACUAAUGUUACAGUUGUUUUGCUACUUGCUCUGUGGUGUGAUAAUCGUGUCAAUAUUUCUGCAAAUUGCCAUUUGAUGUAACACUAAAUAUGGAGUAGCUCUCUUAUUUAACACACCUUGAAUAAGAGAAGAGAAGAGGUGUGUGUGUGUGUGUAUACUAGUUGAAUAUAUAUACUUUAAAGCAAGGAGGUGCAUUCAGCGGUCAUUAUCAAUGUGCUUUAUUCAAAGCACAUUGAAAAAGACUGAUGAGUGCACCUCCUUGUUUUAGGUUUAUAUAUGGACACCGAAGCAAGUACCACAUUAUUAAGAAUUAAGGGGUGAGUGCCAAGAUUAUCUCUCAUUGUGUAUGUAUGUAUAAUGUUUACAAAGGCAGCUAUUGCUCAGAGAUUUCAGUUACAUAGCUUGUAGCAUUUUUUUAUAUGUUGCACUUCAUUCUAUAGUGUUGAACACAUUUAAUAUGCUAUGCAACAUAUGGUACACCAAAGUUCUUGGAUCUAAAACUCCCAUUAAAUUAUGCCUUUUGAUUCAUAAAAACAUCCACCGACUUCUCUGUGAAGAAAGCAAAUGUCCUUUCUCUAAAACUAAUGCUGACUUUUGAAACACACCCAUCACAGAGCUAGUAGCACAAGCAUUUAUGUUGACCUGGCUUUCAUGGAUGAUGGUUUUAUUUACAUUCAUGUAUUUUUUAUUUUUAUUUUGUAAAUGUUACAAAGGGAAAAGCAUGUGCCCUUUUUUAUUUUUCUUCUAUUAAAAUAAAAAUAUACUAAGUGGACUAUGUCUGAACA